AUUGGAAAGUGCUUAGAAGUCUCAAAUUUAUUCCCAUCGAAGACAAAUCCACGCCUGGAAAAAUCACUCAUUACUCUCCAAGGGAUUGCUUUUUAAACUGUUUAAAUGAAUGCUAUGCUAAUAUACUUCCAGGAUCAGUGAAGUGUAGUUUAGCCUAUAGUUAG